CUCCUUAUUUCUUUUUGUUAAACUUUUUUUUCGACCACCACAUUGAAAGCAAUCAUUUCAAGAAGAUACACUUGGUGGUGCUCUUUUAUCUUAUUAUUGUGACAUUUUCUCGCCAAAUUUUGCGACAAAAUAAUGUAUAUUCGUUGCAAAAUUUGCGACAAAUUUGUUUUUCGUCGUAAAAUUCAUUGCAAAUUUGUGAUGAAAAAUAAUUCGUUGCAAAAUUUCAAAAUCUUAGAUACACAGAGAAUUUACGAUAUAUUUGCUAUGAAAAUUUUUCUCACAAAAUUCGUUGCAAAAUGCUUAUUUUUUCACCAGCACCUGCCUAUUUUUUUUUUUUACAUUUUAUUGUGUAUACAAAUCAUAUGAAACCUAUUUUUUAUAAACACAACAAUAAACAUUCCAACAUAUCCUACACAACAAUUAAACAUUCAAACACCAACACAUCCUACACAAUUAAUUCUAAUAAGUCAUAUUCAUACAAGUACAAAUAUCCAAAAUAAAAUUAUACAAAAACAAAUAAAACAAAUGUAUUCAUACAAGUCAUAUGCAUAUAACAACCCACCAUAUACAGAACUCAUAGUUCGAAGAGUUCAUAUUAGAUAACAAAAGGACGGAAAGUUACAAACAUAAAUCAUCAUCCUCUUCUGCCUCUACAGACACUUUAUUUCUCCUUCUUCCAAUCUUCUUCUUUUCCUGUGUUUUAAAACAAACAAAUUAAAAUUAACAUUUAUGUCUAAGUUAUCAAUUAUAUCGAUCUAUGUGUCAACAAACAAAACUUAAUUCAUUAUAUUUUUGGACACCAUGUAUAUAUUUUUGGACAACAUCACACGCACGCACGCACAAAUUUCAUGUUUUCUUCUCUUUUGUCUUAUGGUUAUUAUUUUUGGACAGCAUGUAUAUAUUUACAAGUAAAGCAUACGAGACCCAACAUGCCAAUCCUGCUAAUAUACUCAAAUGAAAUAAUGUACGUUAAACUUUCCUACCUAGAGAAGUAAAUAUCAACUUGUAUCAGACGUGUAAUUUUUAGGUCUACACGACUUACCUAACACGAAUGACAGAUAAUUGUCAUGAAAACGAAGUAAGAGCAUUGAAAAUCGGUUAUUCACUCAACACACACGUGUUAUAAAAAAUAGUGGCAAAAUCAGAUGUCAUUCGAAAUUAUUCUUUAAUAUUAGUCUUUUGAGUGAUUGAAGGAAUAUGGAGAGAAAGAAGAGCAUUUAACAGAAAGAGAAUCAAGAGAAGACACAUCAAAUGAUCGAGAAGAAAAAUACUGGAAGAAGAAUACGAAAACAAGAAAGAGUGCCCUACCUGGGCUGCGACCUGCAGGCGCGAACUUGCUCAAUAUAGUAUUCGAUCGACGACAGAGGCAUUGGUGAUUUGAGAGAGAAAGCUGACGGGAUUACAAGAUUGACUUAGGUAAUGGAAAGAGUAGAAUAUUUUUAUAAAAAUGCACCUAAUAUUAAUUUAUUUUUUGAAAAAAAAUUAUAAUUUUUACUUUUCUACUUAGAACACCUUACACAGAUUUAUGGAAAAGUAAGGGUGUUACAGAAUUAUAUAUAAAGGUGUUCUAAGUAGAAAAAUAAAAAUUAGAAUUGUCUUUUUAUAAAAAUGUUAUAUUCUUUCCUUUACCUAGGUCAAUCAUGUAAUCCCAUCAGCUAUCUCUCCAAGAUCACGGUUGCCGUCGUCGUCGAUAGGAUACUAUAUCAAGGAAGUUCGCGUCAUAGCCCAAAGGGAUAAUAGCGUGUAAAAUCAUAUCAUGGCAUUGCAAAGGACCAUCAGAAAACUAAUCAAUGGUCAAAAUUACCUCCUUCCUCGAGGGGCUGAAUUUCUCCAUUCACAUGCAACCAGCUUUGGAUUUACAGAAGUCAGCGAAGAAGAAAAAAGAAAAUUGGUCGGCAAUGUCUUUAGUAGUGUGGCUUCUAAGUAUGAUUUGAUGAAUGAUUUGACGAGUGUGGGAUUGCACAGAUUGUGGAAAGAUAGAUUGAUUUCAAAGCUAGGUCCUUUUCCUGGGAUGAAGCAUCUUGAUGUAGCUGGUGGCACAGGGGAUAUAGCUUUCCGCGUGUUGGAAAGUAUUAGAGGUGUUGGUCAUAAAGUCAUGCAUGACAGUUUUGUUGAAACAGAAGGACAAACACAAAUCUUUAUAUGUGACAUUAACCCAAAUAUGUUGAAUAUUGGCAAGAAGCGAGCUAUUGAGAGAGGAUAUACAAACAGUAGCUAUCUGCAUUUUGUGGAAGGAGAUGCAGAAGCAUUGAGUUUUGAGGGUGGGUCAAUGGAUGGUUACACGAUUGGAUUUGGUAUUAGAAAUGUAACACACAUUGAGAAAGCUCUUGCAGAAGCCUAUAGGGUACUGAAAAAAGGAGGCAGGUUCUUAUGCCUAGAAUUAAGUCAUUUUGAGUUUCCUAUCUUCAAAGAGCUAUAUGACUAUUAUUCUUUUUCGAUAAUUCCUGUUAUGGGGGAACUUGUAGCUGGAGACAAAGAGUCUUACCAAUACUUAGUUGAGAGCAUCCGACAGUUUCCGAAACAGGAUGUAUUUGCUCAGAUGAUCGUCGAUGCCGGCUUUCAGUCAGUGGAGUAUGAGAAUCUAGUUGGUGGUGUGGUGGCCAUUCAUUCUGGUUUGAAGUUGUAAACCAUAUAUGACAACAACUUGCGCUUGUUAAUACCAACAUUUUAGUAAGAUUUACUGAUCCAGUUGAAAACAAGUAAAGCAUCAAAUAAUAACACAUUCUUCCAUAUUUGCUUUGAUAAAAACAUUCUUCCGCUUGGAUUAAUCUUGUUAAUUAUUUUUCUGUAUUAAUCUGUCCUUAUUUUGUUUUGCAUCAAUCAAAUUGUGACAUUCUUACAAGAAAUUUUUUUUAUCA